AUGAGGAUUCCUCCUGCGAUUUUCCACGAUAUAUUAACCUUACAAGAGAACACCACUGGAAACAUCAUAAACAAUGAUCUAGAUAUAAAAUUCAAUAAGACACGAAGAUCCAAAAAAUCGUAUAGAUCCACUUCGUCAUCUUCAGGCAGUAAACAAGUUAAAAGCAGCAAAGAUUCUCAAAGCGGUGAGUCACUGGAACUGGACUCUAUCACAUCUUCAUCACAAUCCGGCGAGAAGAAGGACAGACCAAAGUCCAGUCUGGAGAGGAAGCGUUGGAGAAAAUGGCAUCGCAAAUGCCACCCGUGUCCAGAAGAUAUGGCGAUGAAGUGGAGGGACCCUGGGAUCAAAUGGAUUUGCGGGGCGUACCAGAGAGCCAGGAGGAGUUUCAAGAGUCUGUGUAUGAUGCACUUCAGGAACUGCCAAGAUGGGACUAUGUUCACCAAGAUAGCCGACCACCGUUGUAAGAACGACACACAAAACUCCAGCAAACCACACGGCGAUCACUUCUUUUACGACUACAAGGUGCGCCUCUCAGGGGAAUCCUCUAGAGACAGCCUCACCAGCUCCAUCUCCAGUGAUAGGGAUGACAGCAAGGACAUAUACUCUUACGUCGACGAUGUUGGAAAUUAA